AUUCGGAAUGCCGUCCGUUGUCAGCCAAGCGCCAAUCUGCCACCAAUCGCAUAACAUAAUACAUGCGGUCUUAAAAUCAGUAGAAAAAAUAUCUCAUCCCAAGGAACACCAUAUUCGGAGUUUUGGAUCUCAAACUCAUCCGAGAGAAAAUUUGGGCGAGGAUGCUAUUCAAAGCAGCAGCAGUUCUGCUGAUAGCGUUGUUGGGAUUGGGUUAUCAAUCCAUCCAGCCUCCACCUCCAAAGCUAUGUGGCCCCCCUGUCACUUCUCCCAGAAUCCAACUCAAAGAUGGAAGGCAUCUGGCCUACAAGGAAGCAGGAACUCCCAAAGAGAAGGCUAAAUACAAGAUCAUCAUAGCUCAUGCCUUUGGCUCUACAAAAGAUUUUGGAUUUCCUGCGUCUCAGGCACUGGUGGAGGAGCUUGGAAUAUACUUCCUGUCAUUUGAUCGAGCGGGAUAUGGGGAGAGCGAUCCAAAUCCAAAGCGCACUGCGAGGAGUGAGGCUAUGGACAUCGAAGAACUUGCUGACCAAUUGGAGGUCGGGCCAAAAUUCUACGUCCUCGGGAUCUCCAUGGGAGGUUACACGAUCUGGGGCUGCCUGAGAUACAUCCCACACAGGUUGGCAGGAGCAGGACUGGUAGUACCAGUCAUCAACUACUGGUGGCCUUCUUUUCCGGCUAAGCUAUCCAAAGAGGUCUUCGGCAAGAUUCUUGUGCAGGAACAGUGGUCUCUCUGGAUCGCACAUCAUUUUCCUUCUUUAUUGUAUGGAUGGAUGACUCAGAAAUGGUUCCCUUCUUCAGCAUCAGUCGCCGGACACCCAGAUCUGUUCCCUGAAGAAGAUAAGGAAAUCUUUCAGAAAUUCCAAGCAAUGCCGAAUCCCUCUAGGGAUAAGGCAACACAGCAAGGUGUUCAUGAAUCACUCCAUCGAGACAUGAUGGUGGCAUUUAGCAAGUGGGAAUUUGAUCCUAUGAAUCUUAGCAAUCCAUUCCCUCAUAAUGAAGGCUCUGUUCACAUCUGGCAAGGGUAUAAAGACAGGUUGUGCCGAGUGGAGCUACAACGCUAUGUUGCUGAGAAGCUCCCCUGGAUCCGAUAUCAUGAGGAACCUAACGGUGGGCAUAUGUUCAUGUUUCUUGAUGGUUACUCUGAUAACAUCCUCAAGCAACUUCUCCUUGGAGAGAAGCCCUCGGUUAUGUGAAUGUAGUUUGUAAAGCUACCGAUCUUGUGUUCUCCAUUUCUAAGCAAUUACCAUAUGAAGUUCCAAAAUGAAUGUGUAAAAAUUUUGUUCA